CGCACCGCAACUGCCAGAUUCCCGCCAUUAAAAACCGUUUGCGAACAUUGCCGGUGUGUGUUUAGUUGUCGGCGUAAAUUUAAGACAUUUUACUCAGUCUGUUGGUGAUAUUCGUUGUAAUUAGUUGUUUUUAUGUUUAAGAAAUAGCGCGGUGGUGUUUUUUUGUGUUGUCACUUGUUUUUUGAUUGUUUCUAACCGGUUUACUGUGAUUUUUCGAACAAUGGAUCCGGAAGAUGUAACCGAUUAUUCGAGCGGUGAUUCCAUUGUAAGCGUUUCGGAAUCAACUGAAAGUACAUCUUCGGAAGAUUCGGGUUUCAGAAAGAAAAUCGUCGCGGAAAGUGACAAUACACCCAAAAUGUCUGAUAAAAUAAAUGACAAAAAUGAAGAAGAAUUGUUCAAAAACAUGACCAAAAAAGAGAUCGCGGCCUACAAAGCCGAACAGAAAGCUUUAAAGAACCAAGAAAAAGAAAGAUUGCUGAAGGAGAAACAAGAAGCCAAAGAACUGCUUCUCAAAGAAAGAGAGGAGAAAAGGUUGGAAAAAAUCCGUCUCGAAGAGGAGAGGCAAAAAGCUAAAGAACGGAUUCUCAAAGAAAGGGAAGAGAACAGGUUGGAAAAAAUACGGCUCGAAGAGGAAAGACAGCAGCAAAAGUUGCUCAGAGAGGAGGAAAAACUGAGACUGGAAGAAGAGAAAGUAAAGCGCAAGGAGGAGCGAGAACAAGAAGCUUUGAGGAAGGAGGAGGAAAGAAUAAGGAGAAGGGAGGAAAGAAAGGAGGAAGCGCAAAUCAGGGAGGCGCAAAGAUUGUCCAGAAAGGAGGAAAAACGCAGGGAGGAAGAAAGACAGAAGGACAUUCGAAAGGAGAAAGCUUUGAAGGGAAUGAAGUAUUUGUUGGGUUUAAGUGAGAAAUACACUUCGUUCUUUCAAGAGAAGGUCGAUAUGGUUGUGAAAAAGAAGGAUGUCUUACAGGAGAACAAUAAGUAUAUGCCCACCAAUGAUGAUAUGAAGAAUGCUAUUUCGCAAACUAAAGGCGCCAAAAAGGCCAAAAAAGAUGAAAAUUCCCUAGACAUUACCAAAAAACUGAACUACUUCAAAAAUGGGUCUUUAAGACCGUACCAGAUUGAAGGUGUAACCUGGAUGAGUGUUUUAUUUGAUAAUGGUUUGAACGGGAUCUUGGCGGACGAAAUGGGUUUGGGUAAAACUGUGCAAGUAAUAGCCCUCAUCUGCCAUCUGCUCGAGAAAAACAUUGGCGGCCCCUUUUUAAUUGUCACACCUCUAUCCACCAUUCCGAAUUGGAAAAACGAGUUUGAGAGAUUCGCUCCCAAUGUGCCUGUGGUGAUUUUUCCUGGAGAUGCAGCCGCCAGGGAGGGGGCAAAACCCCUGAUACAAAAGAAGUAUAUGGUCGGUAAGACCCAAACAGGCCCGGUUGUGAUCACAAAUUAUGGGGUUCCUUUAAGGGAAAGCCACUUUUUGGGGAGGUUUACCUGGCAGUAUGUUAUUGUUGACGAGGGGCACAGGAUCAAGAAUCACAAGUCCAAGUUGUCAAUCACUCUGCGCAACUUAAACUCCUCCAAUCGCCUCCUUUUAACCGGUACACCCCUCCAAAACAACAUAUCCGAGCUGUGGGCGCUGCUCAACUUCCUCCUUCCGCACAUCUUCAACAACAUGGACACUUUCGCCUCGCUCUUCCUGAUCGAAGAGUUCCAAGACAAAGACAAGGUCAUCGAAAACGAGGAAAAUCACAGCAUCAUAUCCACCAUACACAAGGUGCUCGGGCCGUUCAUGUUGCGAAGGUUGAAAUCCGACGUCCUAAAGGACAUGGUGCCCAAAAAAGAGGUCGUCAUAUCUUGCCCCAUGACCAAGCUACAGAAAGAUUUGUACAAGUGGGUCAUCGACGGGAAUAUCCAGAAGCUGCGCAGGGAAGAAGAAGAGGAGGAGUUGGACAUUUACGCCCCGAGAAAGAAGAGGAAAUGCGCUGAGAAUCGCAAGUACAACUACUACGAAAACAUAAACGAGGACGAUUUUUCCGAUUAUGAGGACGAAAUUCUCGAAACGGCCGACGUACUCUUAAACAGGAUGGAUAAAAAAGAGAAGAAGGAUUUAGUGACGAGACUCACGAUGUGCAACCCCAUGAUCAUGUUCAAAAAAAUCGUCGAUCACCCGUAUUUAGUCAACUUCCCGUUGGAUCCAGAAAGCGAGAAGAAACAGCUGCUCAUCAGCGACGAGUUGAUCAAAACCAGCGGGAAAAUGAUCGUGCUGGAGAAAAUGCUGAAGAAACUGAAACGCGACGGGCACAAAGUGCUGCUUUUCAGCACGCUGUGCAUGAUGAUGGACUUGAUCGAGGAAAUGUUGAUAAUGAAGAAAAUCAAGUAUAGACGAUUGGACGGCAGCUACAGCUUGGAGCAAAGGGGGGAGUGCAUCGACGAAUUCAACAACGAUCCGAAUAUUUUCAUUUUUUUGAUAUCCACCAGAGCUGGAGGCCUCGGAUUGAAUCUCACCUCCGCCGAUACCGUCAUAUUCUUCGACAGGGAUUGGAACCCUCAAGCCGAUAUACAGGCCCAAGAUCGAUGCCACAGGAUUGGCCAGACGAAGCCGGUUUGCGUCUACACUCUGGUGCUAAGAAAUACCAUAGACGAACAAAUUAUUGACGUGGGCCAUUUGAAGAGGAGAUUGGAAAGAUUAGUCAUAAAAGAUGGUAAAUUUUCCACAAUGGACAAAACUGACAAAAAUAAGCAAGAAAACGACCUGUUGGAGCUGAAAAAUCUUCUGGAAAAAGAGGAGGAAGAAUCCAAAAAAGGUGUCGACUUUUCUGAAAACGAAUUGGAAAAACUGCUUGACAGAUCCGAUUUGUAUGAGAAAAUGGAGGAAAUGAAAGCCAAAGAAAAUCAACCCUGUUAAUUACCUCAAUGAGUAUUACUAGUGUUUUAUAAUAAUUAUUAAGUUGUUUACAUUAUUUAUUAAGUAUAUUUUUGUAUUUUGUUUUUCACCGAUUUUUAUAAAAUAUGCAAAAAUUUUAAUACAAGUUUCUCAAUAA